AAACAAGAUAAAAUAUCAAAAAAAUUUUAAUAACAAUUAAAAGUUUAUAUACUGACGUUAAUGUUAUAAAAAUUAGUUUUGAUUCUACUAAGAAGAAAGAGAAAAAACUUCUGCAUUCUUUGGAACAGGCUACAUUAUUUUGCAGGCGAUUUUUUCGUCAGCUCGAUUAUAUGUAUAUAAUUUAUGUAUUCAGUUUUAUGUAAUUUGUGUAUUAAGUUUUAUGUAAUUUGUGUAUUCAGUUUUAUAUCAUUUGUGUACAGUUAUCAUUGAAUAAAGAUUUUUUCUUUUUUACUCGAUGAUAGUUAUAUAUAUAUGUUGAAGAAAGGCCGGCAAGAUCGGCCUUGUGACAAGAAAGCUGGUGGGGAUACAUGUUUAAAACCUAUCUCUUACGAAUUCUUUCGUUAAUAAUCGUUGUAUCUUUCUGAAAACAGUGUCAUCAAAUAUGAAGUAUUUAAUAUCAGGAAUUCUUCUCUGUGCUAUUGGCUUCUCGUUAGGCGAUGUGGAAUCGGAAUUUAAAAAAGCAAAUAUUGAGCCCGAUAUCAUAGAUAAGGCACCAACAGAAAAGAUCGAGGUAAAAUACGGCGAUAAGGUGGUCAAUUUGGGAACCGAGCUGACGCCAACUGAAACUCAUGAGAUACCCGAAAUACAUUAUAAACACGAAGGCGGGGUUUUGUAUACACUCGUUAUGACAGAUCCUGAUGUUCCGAGGAGGGGAGGAUACAACCGAGAAUUCCGACAUUGGCUCGUGGGUAAUAUACCGGAAGAAAAUGUAGCUAAAGGCGAAAUUCUAGCAGAGUACGUCGGUCCUGCUCCACCAAAAGAUACCGGAAAACAUCGCUAUGUGUUUCUCAUUUAUAAACAAAAUCAGGGUGCUAUUACCUUUGACGAAAGAAGAUUGAGUACUUGGGAUGGAAGUCAACGAAAGAGAUUUUCCAUCAAGAAGUUUGCAGAAAAAUAUAAUUUGGAAGGUCCAAUCGCUGGUAACUUUAUGCUAGCAGAGUACGAUGACAAUGUGCCUCUCUAUCAUAAGCAUCUGAAUCUUUAAUCAAUCAUAUACGAUAUCAAGCUUUAGAUAAAUACAAGUAUAUAAAAACUUAAAUUUCUUACAUUACAUUACUUUAAAUCUUACUAUUAAUACUUUUAGAAAAUCUUUUAAAAAAGAAAUAUUUCUUUACUAUUUUUUAAAAUUAUAUUAUAAGAAUAGCGUAUCGCAAAUUUAUGUCAUUGUUCAAAAUGAAAAGAACAAAUAAAAUUAUAACAAAUUAAUAA